UGACAGUUCACAUCGAACGUCAUAACGCGCUCGACCAGCUCUUCCGAACCUUCCGUCUUUUAUAGACCUUCAAUGCACCCGCGCUUUUCUCAAUUGGCCCUCCUUCUUACCUUUAACUUGCAAACAUCAGUCCCAGCUCGUCCUCAACAUGCCUGAGACCCACUUCCAUCCCAAGUUCGCAGAUCACCACCCUGAGCAAGAUGGCUACCAGUAUGAGAUGGAAAUUUACAACCGUGGACUCGACUUCGAGCGCCCACCUCUUACGUUUCAAGCCGACAAGUGGGAAGAGCUAGCAUGCUCACGUCUUUCCUCAGAAGCAAAAGGCUAUGUGUACGGGUCAGCAGGCACCAGGGAAACUACAAACAAAAACCGCGCCGCUUUCAAGAAAUGGUCCAUAGUCCCACGGCGCCUCGUAAAAACGGACAACUUCCCUGACCUCAGUACCACCAUUUUAGGUGAGAAACUUCAAUUCCCUAUCGCCAUGGCACCCGUGGGAGUCCUCAAAAUCUUCAACCCCAGCGGCGAAAUCGCCGCCACAAAAGCCGCUGCCAAAGAAGCAGUGCCAUACAUCUUUAGCAGCGCUGCAGCCGCCACAAUCGAAGACGUCGCCGAAGCAAACGGUCAGGACGGCCAGCGAUGGUACCAACUCUACUGGCCUUCGCGCGAGCACGACGACAUCACCAUCUCGCUACUCAACCGCGCAAAGAAGGCGGGCUACAGCAUGCUCUUCGUGACCCUGGACACGUAUAUCCUCGGCUGGCGACCAAGCGACAUGGAUAACGGAUACAACCCGUUCAUGCGGUCUGACCGCAUCGGCGUCGAGUCUGGGCUUACGGAUCCUGUGUUCCGCAAGCAGUUCAAAGUGCGCCAUGGCGUUGAGGUUGAGGAGAAGAUGGAUACUGCGGCGCCGGAGUGGAUGCGCACGAUAUUCCCGGGGAUGAGUAAGGGGUGGGAGGAUAUCAAGUUUUUGCAGGAGCACUGGGAUGGACCGAUCAUCCUAAAAGGCAUUCAGACGGUGGGCGAUGCACGGAAGGCUGUGGAGGCGGGUGUGCAGGGUAUUGUCGUCAGCAACCACGGUGGAAGGCAGCAGGAUGGUGGAAACAGCAGUUUGGGAAUGCUGCCACAUAUCAAGGAUGCUGUUGGCGACAAGCUGUCGAUUUUCUUCGACAGUGGGGUCGGCUCCGGCGCGGAUAUUGCGAAGGCAAUGGCUUUGGGUGCGGACUGCGUACUGAUUGGAAGACCAUACGUGUAUGGGCUUGCGCUUGGGGGAGAGCAUGGUGUAGCACACGUACUGAAGAGCUUAGUCGGUGAGCUGGAGCUGACACUGCACCUGUCAGGUAUACCGAGUGUGGACAAGAAGGACCUCAACCGCAGUGUGUUGGUUCGGGAAGACGAUCUGUUUAAUACCGUCAAGGGAGUUGAGAUACACUAGAUUAAACCGAUUUGGCAAGUAAGAAGGUAUAGCAGAAUCCACUUCGUCUGGAACAA